UUGCUUCCAAAGGGAACUUCACGUCCUCAAUGGCAAGAUUCCCGAACUUCCAUUUGGUCCUUUUCUUCUUCUUUUUGUGCCUGGACCACCUGAUCCUUGCCCAAUAUGAACAACAUAUCCAUCCUCAGCCUCAGCAGCCCAGCACCACGACUUUUAUCCGGCUCCGGUUGGCAGGAGACAAGAGGAAGCACAACGAAGGGCGAGUGGAAGUCUUCUAUAACAAGGAAUGGGGCACCAUUUGUGAUGACGAUUUCUCCAUCUACCCAGCCCGUGUGAUCUGCAAGGAAAUGGGCUAUGUGGAAGCUAUCUCCUGGUUCCCUGGCUCUAAAUAUGGCAAAGGAGAAGGCCCAAUCUGGUUAGACAACCUCUACUGCACCGGCACAGAAUCGUCAAUAGCUCAAUGCAGCUCCAAUGGAUGGGGUGUGUCAGACUGCAAGCAUACCGAGGACGUGAGUGUGGUCUGCAGUGAAAAGAGGAUCCCUGGCUUCAAGUUUGAGGACCCUCUGCUCAAUCAAAUAGAGAAUACAAACAUCCAAGUAGAAGAUGUCCGGAUACGUCCAGUUUUUUCAGCCUCUCGCAAACGCAUCCCUGUUACGGAGGGUUACGUGGAGAUAAAAGAAGGUGGCACUUGGAAGCAGAUCUGUGACAAAAACUGGACUGCAAAAAAUUCCCGUGUUAUCUGUGGCAUGUUUGGAUUUCCAGCAGAGAAGAAAUACAACGUCAGAGCCUACAAGACAUCAGCAAGCAGGAGAAAGCAUAAAUACUGGGCUUAUUCUGUGAAUUGCAAAGGCAUUGAGUCACAUCUCUUUAGCUGCAAAAUCGGUGAUCGUAUCAGCACAUUUGGUGGGAACAUUACCUGUGAGAACGGAAUGCCUGCAGUGGUCAGCUGCAGCCCUGGACUUGCCUUUGUCCCUGGCAGUCACAAUGGCUUUGGCAAAGCUUUCCGUCUGGAACACCUUCUGGUGAGGCUAAAGGGUGGAGCCCAGAUUGGAGAAGGUCGCCUUGAAGUGUUGAUGAAUGGCGAAUGGGGAACCAUUUGUGAUGACGAGUGGAACCUACGUUCAGCCAAUGUCGUAUGCCGAGAAAUGGGCUUUGGAACAGCCAAGGAAGCUAUUCUGGGUGCAAGACUUGGACAAGGCAUAGGCCCCAUCCAUCUCAACGAAGUGGACUGCACAGGGUUUGAAAAGUCUAUUACGGACUGCAAAUUCAGCAAGGAGAUCAGGAGCUGCACCCAUGAAGAAGAUGCUGGUGUGAGAUGCAACAUUCCAGCCAUGGGUUUCCAAAACCAGAUACGCUUGAGUGGUGGCCGCACACCCUAUGAAGGCCGCGUGGAAGUUCUCCGGCAGUAUAAUGGCACGUUCAUAUGGGGGUCAGUCUGCAGUAACAACUGGGGUAUGCCAGAAGCCAUGGUGGUUUGUCGCCAGUUGGACCUUGGCUACGCUAACCAUGCUUUCCAGGAGACCUGGUACUGGUAUGGAGACACUGGGGCAAACAACGUGGUCAUGAGUGGGGUGAAAUGCUCUGGGACAGAGAUGGCCUUGUUCCACUGCCAUCACGAUAUCACUGUGUCCUGUCCCAAGGGAGGUGGACACCAUGCAGCCGGCAUUUCCUGUGCAGAAACUGCAGCUGAUCUCGUCCUCAACGCCAAGGAAGUGGAGUACACCUCGUACCUGGAGGAUCGCCCGAUGCACGUGCUGCAGUGCGCCAUGGAGGAGAAUUGCCUGGCCUCCUCAGCGGUCAAUACCUUGGUGACCAGCGGCUACAGGAGACUCUUCCGCUUCUCCUCCCAGAUCCAUAAUAAUGGGCAGGCUGACUUCCGCCCCAAAACUGGCCGCCAUGCUUGGAUCUGGCACGAAUGCCACAGGCAUUACCACAGCAUGGAAGUGUUUGCGCAUUACGAUCUGCUGGAUAGCAACUGGACUCAAGUUGCUGAAGGCCAUAAGGCCAGCUUUUGCCUGGAGGAUAGCGACUGUAUAGAUGCUGUUCAGAAGCAGUAUGAGUGUGCAAAUUUUGGGGAGCAAGGGAUCUCUGUUGGAUGCUAUGAUGUGUAUCAGCACAAUAUUGAUUGCCAGUGGAUUGAUAUUACAGAUCUCAAACAAGGAGACUACAUCUUCCGGAUCAUUGUUAAUCCAAACUUUGAAGUUGCAGAGUCUGAUUAUUCCAACAAUGUUAUGAUAUGCAAGUUCAGGUAUGGAUUUCAACGCGUGUGGGUGUACAACUGCCAUAUAGCCAACUCUUACAACGAACCAGAACAGCCAGAAUACUUCAGUGGACUCAUAAACAAUCAGGUGUCUUAACUUGAGCCCCCCUGUUUAAGAAAGGAAGGGCUUUCCCCGUGAUUUCCCUAACCACUGCUCGGAAAACUGAACUAUCAAGCAGCUGACCAUGAACCUUCACGUUAGCUCUGUAAGUUAUUUUUCAAGGGUGUUACUCCAAGCCUAUUUUGCAACGUGUAGCAGAAGAAGACACAACGGCAGACUCACACCGUUCCAACAGAAGGAAGGUUUUGCACUAGCUGUAUGACUUGGCUUCCCUCCGCGUACUUCACCAAUUGCAGACUC